UCUGAAGAGAUUGUUCUAGCAGAAGGUGUUUAUGGACUAGGAGCACAAGAAGUAAUAAAAAGAAACUGACCAUUAGAAUCUGCAGCAUGGUAAACAGAUGUGUCAGUGUGGAGUGAACCUUUGAGACAUUGGAAUGUCAGUCCGAACUGACGUGUGAUUUCAUUGUUUAGGACAGAAUGAUGGAUGAUGUAAUUACCUUAUCAACCUUGUUUGUGCACUCUUUUCAACUGUAUUGGUGCCUGGAAUGAAUAAUAUCCUCAAUCCAGCAAAUGUAAACUAACACAAAAAGCACACAGAAAUGUAAUAUGAGAAACAAUAAGCAUAACAAUGACAGGAGGAUUCUUCAAGGAAUGUGAUCUGGCCAUGAUGAAUACUGUUACGCUUAAUGAAGAAAAUGUAAACUCAUUCCACCAUGCCAUUAGCUCGGUGAUAGUGACUGCACAAUGUUUUGGCCUCCUACCUGUACUUGGAGUUACUGGUCCCAAUGCAGCAAGCCUCAGGUUCCAGUGGAACAGUUUCCGUGCUGUAUUCAGCAUCUUCAUAUUGCUAGGAGCAGGUCUCAACAUGUGUUUUGCUGUUGUACUUAUGCAGUCAGGCAUAAGUUUUGAACAAUCUGAUGGUGUCGUAUUCUUUGGGACAGUGACAACAACAUACAUGCUUUUUCUCCAACUUGCCAAACAGUGGCCUAAUCUGAUGGUGGAAUGGGAGAAUUUGGAACUCUCUCAGAAACAUUAUGGCUAUCCUAGAAGAUUGCAUCUCAAGAUAAAAAUUAUAGCAACAGCUGUAUUGACUGGAGCUCUGGUGGAACAUGCUCUAAGUAAGUCAAGUCGGAUAACAGUAGCAGCAGCACACACAGACAACAUUACUGACAUGUUCCACCACUAUUUUACAAAAACUGGAACCUACAACCAAAUGUUUGCUGUUAUGGACUACAGUUUCACAACAGCCACUUUGACACUAAUUACCAAUUUUAUUGCCACCUUCGCAUGGAACUUCACAGACCUAUUCAUCAUACUGGUGAGCCUCGCCCUCACUGAGAGAUUUCACCUCUUCAACCAGUACCUUGUCUCUCUUCGGGGGAAGUUUCUGCCAGAAAGCUUCUGGGCCCAAAGAAGAGAAGAAUACAACAAUCUGUCACAUCUCACCAGGACUCUUGAUUCCUGCAUCUCCAAGAUUGUGCUUGUGUCUUUUGGAAGUAACUUAUAUUUCAUUUGUCGCCAACUUCUGAAUAGUCUGAGCCCAUUGGAUGGUGUAAUAAACACUUUGUACUUCUGCUGGUCAUUUGGCUUUGUACUGUUCCGAACAGUGACAUUAUCCCUGUAUGCAGCAAGCAUUUAUGAUGAAAGUCUACUGCCAAAGAGGGUUCUGUAUGAUGUUCCUCCAGAAAGUUACAGAGGAGAGGUUUCAAGGUUUCUGAGUCAGAUAGUGACAGAUACUGUGGCACUCUCCGGGAUGAACUUCUUCCACAUCACAAGAACCCUGUUGUUAACAUUGGCUGGUACAAUUGUGACAUAUGAAAUUGUACUAGUGCAGUUAAACAGCAUCACUAUCAUAGGAAGCAAUACUACAAAUAACAUGACAAGGAAAUUUUAUGAACUCACCAAUAUCUUGCAAAGUAUGGCCAUUGUUCAAAUGGCAGUUGCCACUAAUGAGUGUGGGACUAUACCAGAGUUAAUGGACCCACUAGCUAUCAUUGUACCUACAAGAAACACUGUGGAUAAUGUUGCAAGAUCUGAACUGGUGGAAUAUAAGAAACAUUCUGUGUCUGAGUCAGAUUCUUUCCACAGAGCAUUCAGUUCAGUCAUUGUUAUAGCUCAGUAUUUUGGGCUGAUGCCUGUCUACGGCAUUAGAGGUUCAAGUGCUUCAUUUAUCAGGUUUUCGUGGUUCAACCCACAUGUCAUAUACACAGCAUUAUCUCUGAUUGGAACUUUUUUCAUGACAUCUUUGUGUGUCAUAAGAUUCUUCAAGUAUGGUCGCACCUUUGAAGAAACACAAUGCUCUGUGUUCUAUGGCUGCUCAUUCAGUAGAAUGCUACUUUUCCUGCUGCUAGCACAGCAUUGGCCAGCUCUAGCUAGUAGAUGGGAGAAGGUGGAGAGAGUUCUUGCUCAUCAUGGUUACCCUUAUCAUCAGCGUCACAAAUUCAACCUAAUAACUGCAAUAUUUCUCUCUGUAUCCUUCAUUGAACAUGCCCUUUCACAUGUUCGAGUAAUUCGCUUGGCAGUGUUAUGUGUAGUAGAAGACAAAAUGGAUGGUAUAUGCACCUUCUUCUACAAUAGCUUUCCACAUGUGUAUGAUUAUUUUCCCUGUUCCAUCUGGAAUGGUAUAAUCAUGUUCAUCAUCAAUGUGAUAUGUGCCUUUGCUUGGACUUACAUGGAUCUCUUCAUUGUUCUAAUGAGUAUUGCACUGGCUGACAGAUUUGAACAGCUCAACAGAUGCUUGCAGUCCAUUCAUGGAAAGCAUGUACCACCAAGAUUCUGGCAUCAUAUGCAUAAAGAUUACAACACAUUAUCUUCCUUAGUUAAGACAGUAGACUCUUGUAUUACAAAGAUGGUGUUCCUUUCCUUUGCAAACAACCUUUACACUGUUUGUAUUCAGCUACUUAACAGCUUGCAUCCACCACAAAAUGCAGUCCAAAUGGUUUACUUCUGCUUGUCUCUUGGGUAUGUACUCCUGAGGAUGAUUGUAGUAUCCCUUUCUGCAGCCAGUGUCAAUGAGCAGAGCUGUCAAGUGAGGAAUAUACUUUACUCUAUUCCUGCAACCAGCUUCUCUGUUGAGGUGCAGAGAUUCCUACAUCAAGCAACAACAAAGGAUAUUGCACUUACUGGACUCAAUUUGUUUUCUGUCAGACGCACACUUCUUCUCACGGUGGCUGGAACUAUUGUGACAUAUGAAAUUGUAUUGGUACAGUACAGUGGCAUACAUGCAGAUGAACGGGACUCGACCGCACACGGUGUUGCCAGGCGAUACUGUCUCUGAACAGUUCAGCUUUAAAGACAGACCUGGAAUACUAGUAGGUGCACAAACCAGACAUCAAGGCCUCAUGAUGGAAGUCAUUUUCAUAACCCAGAAUGGAGAAGCUGAAGAUGUUAUUCAUUAUCCAGGGCAUCAUUAACCAUGAGUUCAGUGGAGAAAAUCAUAAAAUCAACACAUUCUUCACUAUCUGCAAGCAAUCUAUUUUAAAUGCCCUCAUCUUUGGGAUCAGAAAAUAUGCUGCUUCACCAUAAAAAUGCACCUUUUCUAGGGUUUUUUUUGAUACAAAAGUAUCUGAUCAAGAAUAGUUUCACGGUGCUGGCACAAUGUCCCUAUUCUCCAGAUCAAUUCCCCGCUGAAAACUAUUCCGAAAAAUUAAAAGGCCUCCUGAAGGGACACAGGUUGCAGUUAGCACAAAAGGUAAAAGAGCUGACUUUGGAACUUAUAACAGUUGAAGGACUGACACAAAUACUUCCAGCAGUUAUAGUCACUGGCAGAAAUAACAGCAUAUGAGAAGUGUUAAUUGUUAACUGGUCAAGAAAAUGGGUGGCAGCAAUUAGAGACAGAUGUAUCCCAAUAUAUGAAUAAGGUAAGAUGGCAUGUCCUACAGUAUCCAUGUAUUCUAUCCUGCAAUGCUAAUGCACAUUCACUGUCAUUCAUUAAAUACCAAUAUAUUAUUUCUAUUUUGGUUCUGCCUGUUAUAUUUAAUACUGUACAUGUAUGUGUUUAGAUAAUCUG